UUUCUUGCGGAUUAAUCGGUGUGUUGUGUGAGAUAUGAGCGGGCCUCGAGCAGUUCUCGAUUUAGCUGAGGAAGAUGACCGGGAUUUGUCGCGGCGGGAAGCAACGGAGCUUUUAAAGACACGCUUUCUAGAAGCGCUCAAGCGUGACGAUGCAGCGGAGGUUUCUAAAAUCAUUCGCACCACCAGCAUCGACAUAGACGCUGUGUUAGACGUGGAGGACCGCGAUAUGACCCUUGCCUCGUAUAAGCAAGGUUAUUGGCUACCAGGUUAUAAGUUGGAGACAUCCUGGGCGAUGGGGCUUCACGUGUGUAUGAUGUACAACGCUUUGGAGAGUGCCAUAGUCCUUCUGCAGAACGGGGCAGCGGUCAACAGGAAACCUAAUGGGAAGACCCCUCUACAUGUGGCCUGCACGGUGUCUAAUGCUGACUGUGUGGAACUUCUGCUGGAAUGGGGCGCACGGAUCAACAGCAUGUCCCUCGGUGGACACACACCUUUACACUACUGCGUUACAUCAGAGUCUUUGGACUGUGCCAAACAUCUAAUUCUCAAAGGAGCAAAUAUCAACAUGCCCAGUGAGGAGAACCAAGACACCCCUCUGCACAAAGCGGCCCGCUUCGGUGUCCCUGAACUGGUGGCUUUAUAUAUUUCUCAAGGAGCUGAUAUUAAUGCAGUCAACGGCUACAUGGAGACUCCUCUGAUCACUGCUGCAUUCUGGGCCAUGGACAUGCGUGAGCGAACCUACAGCUCAGACCACCAUCUUGUCUGCCGGAUCCUGUUGGACCACAAUGCUAACUUGUAUUUACAUGAGGAAGACAAGAAGACGGUGUUGCACAAAGCGUGCUGGAAUUGUGACCAUGUGCUUAUCCAGAUGUUCCUGGAGGCCGGUGCCGAGACUAACGCUAUGGAUGUCAAUGGAUGCGCAGCUAUACAGUAUCUUCUGAAGGUGACGCAGAUCAGGCCGUGGGCCAUUCCUGAGCGCUGCUAUCAGCUGCUGCUGAACUACGGAGCAGCCCGAGUGUAUCCACCACAGUUUCACAAGGUGUUGCAGGAGUGUUAUGAAUUCCCCAGGGCAGUGGAGGUGAUGGUCAAUUCAUAUGAACACAUCAAGUACACUAAAAAAUGGAGAGCUGCCAUUCCUGAAGCUGUAUAUGAGCGGCACAGGAAUUUCUAUGACUCUCUGUUUGCCGUCUGCACCAACAAUCCACGCACUCUUCAGCAUCUGGCCAGAUGUGCAAUACGAGCCGCAUUGUCGAAUCGCUGUGAAUUGGGUGUCCAGCGAUUCAUUCUUCCUUCAUCAGUGAAGAAAUACCUUCUUCUGGAGCCUGUUGGAAUCAUAUACUGACUUCAUAUUCUGCAUUACAGACAUAUGACUGCUGAAGAGUCACCAUCUUUUACAUAAAUCCUCCAUACAUCAUGUUUGCUUGUCAGACAUUCCAC